GUUUAUUUAGUUCUUGUUAAAAAUGAAACAUCAAAACUGCAGUACUUUAAAGAAAUAUGUAAACUAUUAAAAUGGAAAUAUCAAAUUUUAGAAAAAUAAAUAAAGAUCGUUUAUCUGCAUUUUUGGAACAUUUGGAAAACAAAAAAUUAUCUGACAAUUCUGAUGAAAUAUUUGGAAAAUGUCUAAUGAUUUUAAAAACAUUAUUAUACACUCCACUAAACUUUAUACCGGACAAUAAGCUUAGCACACAGUCUAACAUUCAAAAAUUUCUGUAUUCUAUUAAUUUUGAUGUAAUAGAACCUGAUCACAUGAUCAAAUUAAAAUCAAUACUUGAUCAAGGGGCAGACUUUGAUAUAUAUGCUAGAUACAUAGAAUCUAUCUUAAAUAAAAACAAUAAGGCAUUGAAUUCAGUUUUAAUGACUGUUUGGACUCAAUUAGGAUCAAAUGUAUUGAAAUUGCCUAUAAUUAUUCAAGAAAAAACCAUCAAGGUAAAUCCUUUAAUUUUUGAAAAAACAAUUUUGUCUGCAAUAUUGCUGUGGGAAAUCAACGACUUAAUUGAUGUAUGCUCUAAAUCACCAUUGAUAUUCCAAACAUGCUCAAGUAUAUUUAAUGAAUUGCUCAUUAAGUUAAACUUUAGUAAUAAGUUUAUGGAGUUGUUGAACUACUUUGUGAACGGUGUCAGUUCACGUUGUAUUAACAAUAAUAUUGAUAUUGUUAAUAUCUAUCCUAACAAAUGUAGAAGUAUAUUAACCUUGAGAGACAUUAAAAACAAAAAUUCAACUUUAGUAACAGAUCAUGAUUUAAAUGAUGAAGUAAAAAAAUUAGCUUUAACUUACCCUAGGCAAUUUAUUUGCUUGUUAAGUCAUUUUCCAGAUUUAUAUUUAUCAUACUGAAGAAUUGUUUGUCAUUUACUAUUACAAGCUGUGAUCGUUUUUUCAUUUAUCUCAAUUAAUUUUGCCUGUUAAAAACUGUGCUUAACAAAAUAAUAAUAAUUUAUAUUUUAUAGUACCUACCUAUAUUUACCAAUACAUACUAAAGUACAAUAGUACUCAUACAAUUUACAUUCCUAUGUAUUAUACUAACAUAUUAUAAUGUUUACAUUUAUUUUUAAUUAUAUAAUUUUUAUAAUGUAAUUACACUGUUAUUAAUUUAUUAUAAUUUGUAUUGUAUAAAUAUUUAAAAAAUGUCUAUUUUGAAAAGAUUCAAAACUUAGUUAAGCAAUGAAUUUAUUUUCAUUUUUAAGUUAUUGUAAUCAUUCACCUAAAUGUAUUCCGAAUUCAAUGUGGUGAUGGAAAACUUCUCCCUUCAGGCUUCAGACAGUUGUCAAAAAUCAUUAGAUUUAUCAGCCCAAUGAGCCUUUUGUAAUGAUUCUCACCUGCAAACUAGUAAUUACAGUGGUUGUCCAAUGUAGAAUCUAAAAAAAAAAAAUAUUUAACUCGCUUAAUUAAACUCUCUAGUAAUAACAUGUAUAUUUAAAAAUAAUUUAAACAUUACUUCAAAUUCUAUCAUUGUUUCUUCUAAGUCAUGUGCUCAGAGUGUCAGACAAACAGAAAAUAAAAAAAAUGCCAAAAUUAAUCAAACGCUCAUAGCAAAACCAACACAGACAAAAACUAUCGAUCCAAUGCCACAGAAUAAAUUUAAUAUUUAAUUUUAAUCUAUUCUGUUCCAAUACUUUUGUCCUUUCUUGAUUAAUCCAUGCACAUACACAGGUCUUACUGGUCUCAGACACCCUAAGCCAUUAAUCUCUAAUUUUUCCUCUGCCAUUAUUCCUGAUAAUUCACCUCGACGUCGAACAUGAAAGUGUAUUUGGUUCACUCGUAUUAUCUCAUCUCAUCACUCCUCGCCUCAUGUGUGUGCUCUACUACGAGUCGAUGCUGUAGUCGCGAGACAAGGAUUCUACAGGCACAAACUACUAUCCCGUGAAUCUCGUUCAAAUCACUAUAGUAGUGUUUAUAACUAGUAGUGUUAAAAUAGUGCAAUGGAGCAUGGACGACGCCAUCUUCGGUCAUGCUGCCACGUCUAUUUUACUAUUUAUUUUUAUCCAUUUUGCUUAUUGUAUUAUUAAUUAAUUAUUAUGUAUACAAAAUACAGAUUGUAAUGUUUUACUUUUAUUUAAUAAAAAAGGAAAAAAAUAAACCUGA